CUGUCUUGAUUGGUUGUCAGUAUCAUCAGUUUCCAAUCCUGGAAAGGCAGAAAUGGAUCUAUACUCUUAAUGAGUAUUUUUGACUGAGUUGUUUGAUAAGUCCUGUUCUGAAGAGGCUGAUUAUUUUAAAUUUUAUUUUGUUUCACUUUUUUUCUCUUUCUUUUAAUAUGAUUUCUGAAUGGAUUCUUUGGGAGGUGGUGGUCCUGUUAGUGAAUUCAGUGAGACUGAGUUCUUCCCUGACUCAAGGUCAAGACUCUCCAGAAGAUUAUGUGAUUCAGGCAAAGGCUGACUGUUACUUCACCAACGGGACCAAAAAGGUGCAGUUUGUGGUCCGGUUCAUCUUUAACUUGGAGGAGUAUGCACGUUUUGACAGUGAUGUGGGAAUGUUUGAGGCACUGACAGAGCUGGGGAAGCCAGAUGCUGAGCUGUGGAACAAUCGUUCAGAUAUCCUGGCGAGGAGCAGAGCUUCUGUGGAUCUGCUGUGCAGACACAACUAUAGACUGGGGGCACCCUUCACUGUGGGGAGAAGAGUGCAACCAGAGGUGUCAGUGUAUCCUGAGAAGACCCCCUUCCUGCACCACCACAAUCUGCUGCUGUGCUCUGUGACAGGGUUCUAUCCAGGGGACAUUGAGAUCAGGUGGUUCCGGAAUGGGCAGGAGGAGAAAGCAGGGCUCAUGUCCACCGGCCUUAUCAGGAAUGGAGACUGGACCUUUCAGACGAUGGUGAUGCUGGAAAUGACUCCUCAACUUGGAGAUGUCUACACCUGCCUUGUUGAGCACCCCAGUCUGUCGAACCCCAUUUCUGUGGAGUGGAGAGCUCAGUCUGAAUAUUCCUGGAGAAAGAUGCUGGUUGGAGUUGCAGCCUUCUUUCUUGGACUAAUCUUCCUUUUGGUGGGGAUCACCGUCCAUCUCAAGGCUUGGAAAGGAUAUGUGGCUACUCAGUUGACUGAUGACGAGGUUUCUCCUCCACCUGCUUCUUUUUCUUAUGAUUAAUACGUUGAAGUGCCUGCUUCAUUCGACAUACAGUUUUCUGAAAAUUACGAGAGAUUGGAGUGGAAUUAGAUGUGAAUCUUUCUUUAUGUCAAUGUCCCUCAGGUAUGAUUCUCACAUCUGGGACUCUUUUUGGAGUUCUGCAAAAUUAGAACUAUUAUUAUAAUCAAAUAUUAUAUAAUAAUACUAGGAUAUUAUCUUUGUUGUAUUGUUUAGAUUAGUGGUUGUUGAAGAAUUCCUAAUUCUUCAUAGCUUUCUGAUUUAUAAUGUCUGUUAUUUCCACCAGACAUGUCAGACAUUAUUCGAUAUCUCUGUAUUCUGUCUCCAGCUCCCAGAGGUGUUCUGGCCAUAUCAGAUAGUGGUCAAUAGGCCUUCAGGCUGACACAAAGCCUGCCCUAUCUGAUCCCUGAUUUAUGCCUGUAUCCUUGGGGUAAGGUCAGGAUUUUCAAAGCAAACAUAGAAUCUGAUAUAAUGACUAGAACUGGAGAUAACAAGUACCUUCAUGAUGUUUAUAUUUAUGUUUGUGUAUACCCAUAAAAUGUUUAUACUUGAUAUAGUUGUAUGUACACAUACUCAAUAUAUAGAGGGCCAGUAAGCCUGCAGGGGAGAUUGGAGAGAUUAGAUAGAUAUAAAGUGAGAGACAUUUCAGCAGAACCUCAUGGUGCCUGCAUGGGAGACACUCAGAAGAACUUCAUUGUCAGAUGUAUGCUGUGAGACUGAGGUGGGGGUUAUGCAGGAAACUGAGAAAUGUUACACAUGCACCAACUACUGUAUCUUACUGCAAACUGUUAUGUUUUACUGUAAACCAUUAGUGUCCCCUAAUAAAACAAACAAAAUAUCUUUUUUCUCUCACUACUCAUGGUCAAUGAAGUUUAUUUCUUAAUCCUGAGGCAUAAUGAAACUCCACUCUCUGGCAUUUAGAGAACCCUGGCAGGAGAUAGCAGUUUUUCUCUAAGUGGUACAAAAUCUAACAUAGUUAAAACCUUAACACAACUCA